AUGCCGCAAACUCAAAAAAUUGCACGAGUUUUGGGUGGUCGUGGCAAGAAUCUUCACGAAGUACAAUUACCAAAUGGAACCACUACGCUGUGCUCUCUACCUCCAAAAUUUCGUAAUCUUGUAUGGGUUAAGCGCGGAAGUUAUGUAAUUAUAUCGCCUUUUGAAUCCGAAAAACCUAACAAGAUAGGUGGAGACAUUGUGCAUGUUUUAUUUCCUGAGCACGUAAAGUACCUAAAGUCCGAAGGAAUGUGGCCUAUCGAAUUUGAGAAUCAGAUGGAAACAAAAAAUACCUCUAG